GAGAGAUUGAAUAAGAGAUCUCUACAGACACAUAGACAGAAAUUGAUCCAAAGAAGAAACAAUUUGUAUAUUUGCUUCUCCGUGUAUGUUUCAUUAAGACUUCAAAUAGUUGUAAGAAAACUAUGCUCUAUCACCGUAUCUACCCCAUAAUUGGGUCUGCACUAUGGCUGGCAUCCAUUGCUUUGAUGGUGCAGCUUCGGGGAUUUUCAGCAGCAAAUUCUAGAAGACCUCUGAGAGAAGGAAAAGUGCAAGGAUUUACAGAGAGGACACUUAUUCUUCUUGACGUGAACACCAGAAGUCCGAAAAAGACUCUAAAUGAGAACUUCCUUUCUCUGCAGCUGGACCCUUCUGUCAUUCACGACGGGUGGCUCGACUUUUUAAGCUCAAAGCGCUUAGUAACGCUGGCAAGGGGUCUUGCCCCAGCAUAUCUUAGGUUUGGUGGUAAGAGAACUGAUUUUCUUCAGUUUCACAAUCUGAAGAAUCUUGCAAAACACAGAGGAGGUCCUGGCCCAGACUAUUAUCUGAAAAAUUAUGAAGAUGAUAUUGUGAGGAGUGACAUUGCAUUGGACAAACAAAAAGGAUGCAAGUUGGCCAACCAUCCAGAUAUCAUGUUGGAGCUUCAAAGAGAGAAGGCAGCGCAAAUGCAACUUGUGCUUCUUAAGGAACAAAUAUCCAAUAUUUACAGCAAUAUAACAAUAACAGCCAGGUCUCUAGAUAAACUGUACAACUUUGCAGACUGUGCUGGCCUACACUUGGUUUUUGGUCUCAAUGCCCUCCAUCGGAACCCAGAUAACUCAUGGAAUGGCUCCAGUGCUCUCAGUCUUCUCAAAUACAGUGCUGGCAAGAAGUAUAACAUCUCCUGGGAACUGGGCAAUGAGCCAAACAGCUAUCGUGCAAUGGUAGGCCGCACACUGAAUGGCAGUCAGCUGGCUCAAGACUACCUGAAGCUGCGAACACAGCUACAGUCGGUACGCUAUUACAACCGCGCCAAUCUCUACGGCCCCAACAUCGGUCGGCCGCGCAAGAAUGCUGUCCUGCUCUUAGACGGGUUCAUGAAGACUGCAGGAUCUGCUGUUGAUGCAGUGACGUGGCAACACUACUACAUCGAUGGCCGUGUUGCCAAGGUUGCAGACUUCAUGAAGACUCGUUUAUUAGAUACAUUGACUGAACAGAUCUCUAAAGUUCUCAAGGUUGUGAAGACCUAUGCUCCAGGUAAAAAAGUGUGGCUUGGAGGAGUAGGGCCUGCUUGGGCUGGGGGAACAAACAACCUAUCAGACACCUAUGCAGCUGGCUUCUUGUGGCUGAAUACCCUUGGUAUGUCAGCCAUGCAGGGAAUUGAUGUUGUCAUUCGUCAUUCAUUUUUUGACUAUGGAUAUAACCAUUUGGUGGAUCAGAACUUUAAUCCUUUGCCUGAUUAUUGGCUAUCAUUGCUUUUCAAAAAGCUUGUGGGUCCCCGAGUGCUGGCAGUACAUGUGGCUGGUUUACAAAGAAAACCACAUCCAGGCAGAGUGAUCCGAGACAAACUGAGAAUCUAUGCACACUGUACCAAUUUCCAAAAUCACAACUAUGUGCGAGGAUCAAUAACUCUCUACAUCAUUAAUCUACACCGGUCACGGAAGAAAAUCAAACUUGCAGGGACUCUCCGGAACAAAACAGUGCAUCAGUAUUUGUUACAGCCACAUGGAAUUGAAGGUCUUCAGGCAAAGUCUGUGCAGCUUAAUGGAGAGCCAUUAGUCAUGGUGGAUGAUGAAACCUUUCCAGACCUGAAGCCCAAGACACUUCGAGCUGGAAGAACAAUAGUUAUGCCACCAAUGGCUAUUGGUUUCUAUGUGGUUAAAAAUGUCAAUGCAUAUGCCUGCCGGUACAGAUAGCUGUGCCUCUUCAUAUCUUGCCACAGAGUCAGUUGCUCUAACAAGCCAAAGGAGCCAACUUUACAAGAGAGAUAUGUCUUUGUUUGUUGGGCAAGGUUUCUUUUCUGGAUCUGGUUAAAAAAAGAGUGGAGGAAGGAACAUAAUCUGUUGUUUUUGCCUCUUUAAAGUAUACAACAAAUGAUGUAAAAACUUCUUAUUUUUCCCAUUUUAAUUUAUUAUGUGUAUUAUCUUUCAAGAAAGUGGUUGAAUUGUCUAUAAACAGAUUACUAAAACAUUUGGCAGGAUAAUGCCAUGAACUCUAAUUUGUACAGCAAAUUGUGCGUAGCUGAAACUACCCCUCAUACAACUCUCAGUUUUAAAUAUGUUCACUCUAGAAGCAAGUUUAAAAGUGACAUUUUACAAGGUGUGAAAUAUGCAGAUUUCAAAGUUAGGAGAAUGCAGAGGUCUCAUAGUGGCAGUGAUUCAGUAUUAUGUUGUUCUCAUUGUGGUACAUGUAACAGACUGUCUAUCAAAUCAGCUUGUUGCUCAGUAAUGUCUUUCUUAAAAAAUUCUUUUCACCUAAGGGAGCCAUGCUGUAAAUUUUAUUGUGUGACUGAAAUUUUUUUCUGUCCAGCAUUCCGAUUAAAGAUGUGGGGCUGCUUUGUGAUUUGCUUUUCUGCCCAUUAAUCAUAAACACGUCUAUUUAAAUCCACACUUGCUUUCUUAGACUCCCUACAUAGAAAGAAAAUAUUUCUUCUGUAUAAUUUAUAUGUAAUUCAUCACUCAGGUUAUAAAGCUAAUGUGCUACACAUUCUUGUCUUGUGCUUUAUGUACUUAAUAUGUACGUUUGCCAGAUGUCCCAUAAAAAACUCAAAGUUCAACCAUAUAUUUAAAAUGAAAUGUAAACGAAAGCUAUAUAUUUUGCAGACAGUACAACUGUAGCAUGUGCAAAAUCUGGUCUUUGAUAGUCUGAAGAUUCAUUCUCUUAGGACAUAAGCUACUCCACUGCUGUGCUACUCAAGCCAAACAGCUGUCUGAAGACUUGUGGCUCUUCGGCUAAACAUCACUGCUACUGUCGAAUGCACUGAAAGAAAUAUUUUUUGAAAACACAAAACAGAAAAGUUGAAUAUAU